CAGACCUUCUAGAUUCUCUCUGCACGCUCUACAUCUGCAGCAUGCCAGAGCUUGACGACAAUGGGCCUGCAGAAUGGAGUAUCAUAUUGAUGUCUACAAACAUUUUGCCUGGCUCAGGAAGGACAAUCUCAGCUCUAACAGUAACAGUGACUCCUACCAGGAACGGUUAUCGCGUCUGGAGGGAGACAAAGAGUCACUGAUUCUGCAGGUAGGUGUGCUGACAGACCAGGUGGAGGCUCAAGGGGUGAAGAUCCACGAUCUAGAGAGUUCUUUGGUCGAACAUCAGCACAAACUCAACUGCACAGAGGAGAUGCUGCAACAGGAGCUCCUGCAUCGAACAACACUGGAGAAACAGAAGCUGAGUCUUCUGGGGGAGGUUUCUUACUUGAAACUGAAGCUGACAGACAUGGAGGUGAAGCAGGGCCAUGGAGUGGAGAGGCAGCACAAAGCAGAGACCGUUGUGAAUUUCAUUAGUGAGCUGCAGGAACAGAUGUGUCAGUUUCAGAAGGAGAUCAAUAGCAAGAUCCAGGAGAAAAAGGCCUUGGAGUUCCCAACUGACAGCAGGUUUCCAAUGACGUUCCCCUCCAAACCCAAUGAGGGACAGGACAAUCGCCUUGGGUUGUCCUGGGAAGGACUCUCAGAGGGGACGCACAAACUAGAGGAGGACGACAGACCUGUUGCGGACACUCGCAACCUGACUGAGGGUAGCUCAGAGCACCGGUGCCACUGCCAAGGAGAAAGUGUCUUACUUAAAGAACUCCGGAUUCUUAAGGACAAAGUGCAGCAUCUGGAGGAUCAAAAGCAACAGUAUGAAAAGAAGCUCAAAGCAACCAAGACAGAGAUGAGUAGUCUUCAGCAACUUCUGCUCAGUAAAAAUGCGGAGAUUGAAAACUUACAAACUCAGUUACUGUCCAAACCAUCUCUGACCUCAGAAAACAUAACGAGAGAUCAUGAACUGCAGAUACUUCGUAGUGGAAUGAAGUCCCUGGUAGUUGCCAAUGAAGAAAAGGACCGUCGCAUUGAGGAGCUGACUCUGCUCCUGAAUCAGUGCAGGCAGUUCAGAGAGGUUCCUCAUACAUCAAGGCAAGCUUCAUCUGUUCGUUCCUUGUCGAAUGGCUGGACUCCGUCAAGCAGUAGUGAAGAAGAAGAGCAAGGGUUGCUGAAGAAUGCUGACUCUUCCAGUGCAAAAUCUGAUGAUGUGAAGUCUGAAGUUUCAACAAAUAGUUCUUCCUCCCAACAAAUAUCUCUUCUGUCAACCCAAAAACAAAGCGAUUCCAGAUCAGAGCCUCAUACUUUAUCAAGUAGCAUGAAUGACAUGACAAAUGGACAUUUACCAAAGAAUGACCUAGAUGACAGCAGGAGUCAAACUCUGCCCGUAAACUCCUCUUUAUUGGAACAACAUGAGACAGGAGACAGUAGUGCUGACACCCAGAGUCAAAAAUCUCCAGAUGGGAGUGAAGAUGGAGACUGCAUCCAAAGAAAGUUGGAGAAAGUUGAUGACAGAACAUCCCUUGAUAAUUCCCCUGUUCAUGGUGAGGCGCUUCCGCAGCCGGGCCAGCGAGCAGUGGGUUCUCCAGAAUACAUGAAGAAUAACAGGAGCUUCAAAAGACUCUGGGGAAAGCUUCGAAGAACUCAGUCUGGAGGUUUCCAGGCUGCAGAUCCAGAUGUUGGACAGUUUAGACGAGGGGGCUUGCGUGCGACAGCAGGACCUAGACUUACCCGAACCCCUGAGGCCAACUCUACACGUGAUAUGAAUAUCCCAUUCAGCCAGUGGACCAAAGAGCAGGUGUGUGGCUGGCUGGAGGACUAUGGACUUGGCCAAUACAUCAACCUUGCCAGACAGUGGGUUGAAAAUGGGCAAACGUUUCUGUCUGCCACACCACAGGAUUUUGAGAAGGAGAUGGGCAUGAAGCAUCCACUUCACAGGAAGAAGCUGCAAUUCGCUUUGAGGGCAUUCACCACCAAAGUUACAGAAAAGUCUUCAGAGCUGGACCACAUCUGGGUCACACGUUGGUUGGAUGAUAUUGGAUUGCCACAGUAUAAAGACCAAUUCCACGAAGCUCGUGUCGACGGUCGAAUGAUCCAAUAUCUGACUGUGAAUGAUCUGUUGACUCUAAAGGUCACCAGCCAGCUUCACCACCUCAGUAUUAAAUGUGCUAUUCAUGUCCUUCAUGCCAACAAGUUCACCCCAAACUGUCUUCGACGUAGGCCGGGCGACGAGAAACAGCCCUCUCCUUCUGAGGUAGUUCAGUGGUCGAACCAUCGUGUCAUGGAGUGGCUGAGAGCAGUGGAUCUUGCAGAGUUUGCUCCUAAUCUAAGAGGAAGUGGUGUACAUGGUGGCCUGGUUAUCCUGGAGCCUCGUUUUAGUUCAGAGACUUUGGCCCUGCUCUUGAAUAUCCCUCCACAGAAGACUUUACUCCGUCGUCAUCUCGCCACUGCCUUUGCUGCUCUGGUUGGACCUCAAGCCAUGCAGGAGAAACGAGAGUAUGGCAACGCCACAGGCCAUGUGCCCCUCACUACCACAGCUAAAGUUAAACCAAAGAAGUUGGGAUUCACUCAGUUCAGUCACCUGAGGAAGAGGAAGCCUGAUGAAGCUGCAGACUACAUCUGCCCAGUGGACAGUGGAGCCCUAACAGGGAAUGGACUUUCUCGUUUGCUCUCUCCAACACAUAGAAGCCUUAGUCCUACUGUGGAGAGACUAGUUGAGAAGUGAGAACUAAUGGCUUUAAAAGUCUCAAAUUAUGGUCCAAAGAAUGUUUAAAUAAAAACCUCUACUCACUCUGCCACUCAGUACGUGACUUAAAAACAACA